AUGGCGACGGAGCAGAGCUUCUCCACGGACGUGCUGGUGGAGAUCAUACGGAAGCUGCCGCCAAGCAGCCGCCGGCGGGCACGCCUCGUCUGCCGGCGCUGGCGAGACGCCGUCAACGAGCGCACCACGGAGAUGGAGAGCCGACCCAUGCCCCUGAUCUGGGGCGACGGGGUGGCCUACGUUAUCCGCGACCUCUCGUCAGAGUCGCUCUGGAGGACGAAGCUACCCACCGCCAGCCACCGCUCCUACCCGGUUGGCACCUGCAACGGCCUGCUCUGCAUCUGCUACAACGAGGCGCGGGCCGGCGGCGCCCUCACCGUGGCCAACCCGGCCACCGGCGACACGAUGCGUCUCCCGCCGCUGCCGUGCGCCGGCGUAUUCGCCGGCCGCCGCGGCUACGAGCGGUGGGACGCGGCGUACAGCUUCGCGUACCACCCGACCACGGGGAGGUACAAGGUGGUGCACGUUCCCUGCAGCUAUGACCGGCUCUGCGACUUCACGACCGUGCAGGUGCUCACACUGGGGGAGACGGCGUGGCGGGAGGUGCCGCCCCCCGCCGGUGGCGCGAGGUGCGAUCUCGCCGCCGGCGUCGUUAGCGUCGACGGCGUAACGCACUGGGUAAACGUCGGCGGUGACACUAGGAUUGUGUCGUUUGAUCUCGACGCCGAGUGUUUCGCCUCCGCCGCCACGCCGCUGCCCCGUCUGCCCGACAAGUAUAGGAAAUACCACCUGACGGAGAUGCACGGGAGGCUGGGUUUUGUCAUCCUGCCCGACGUGUGGGUUUUGGAGCCGGGGCCGCAACCAUGGAGCCUUCGGUACAAGCUUCAUGUAGGUGUCCCACGGCCGCAUUUCGUCUUUGCAGAUUGCGUCCUUACAAGGCGCAACGGGUUGGGAUUCUUUGGACAUAGGCCAAAGAGCACACCGCCGUCGAGCUGGAAGAUAGAACGGGAAGGCGUGGUACGGGUCGAGCAUGGAGACCAUGGGACACUGGUCGCAAAGAUGAUAGGCCGCUAUGACUACUUUGAUGGGGACUGGUACCGGACGCUCAACUACGUCGAAACCCUAGAGCUGCUCAGUGUUUACGCCUCAAAUUAA